CUCAGGAAAAGCAACACGUACAAUUCCUUAUUCCACGCGUCUUCCUCUCCACCCGAGAGGAACUUAGAGACUAAGAGAGCGACGAGAACAACACCUCAAUGUUCACACUUGUAUAUGUAAACUUUGAUGAUAAGAUCGGAUCUCGGAAGUGAAGGAUUAUAGUUUAUAGUUUUAUAUCUUAAACUAGAUUCGAGUUUCUACUUUCUACCGACAUAGAUCAAUCAAUUGUUUAUAAGUAAAUGAGCAAGGUAAGAGUAGUAGUAGAACAGAAAAUUUUGCAGAAAAAUGGCUGAGUUUCUGGAUAAGGCGAAGAAUUUCGUAGCAGAUAAGAUCGCAAACAUAAAGAAACCAGAAGCGUCGAUAGACGACGUUGGUUUCAAGAGCGUUACUCGUGAUUCCGCCAUUUUCAAUUCGAAGGUCUCUGUAACAAACCCCUACAGCCACUCCAUACCAAUUUGCGAGGUCUCUUAUACCCUCAAAAGUGGUAACAGCAGAGAGAUAUUGUCGGGGACGAUGCCUGAUCCGGGAUCACUGGAGGAGAACAAGACGACGAUGCUGGAAGUGCCGAUGAAGGUACCGUACUCGAUACUGAUGGAUUUGGCGAGGGAUAUAGGGAAGGAUUGGGACAUUGAUUACGAGCUGAUAUUAGGUCUCACCUUCGACUUGCCCGUCUUCGGUAAUAUUACGAUCCCUAUCUCCAAGAAGGGGGAACUGAAGCUUCCUACCUUCUCUGACCUCUUCUAGGUUCUAACUUCUCUGAUUUCCCUUCAUUCCCAAAUCCCAAUUUCUCUCUUUCUAUAUAUAAUAAUGUAAUCUAGAAUAUCCUGGAUCGCUCCUUUUUAAGUACUAGUAUUACAUUUGAGAUAAGAAAUGAGAAACUCCAUAGUUGAUGAUC